AUGAUUAUAUUUAUUAUAUUUAUUAUAUUAUUAACAUUUAUAGAAUCUUUUAAUGAUUCCAUUGAUAAUAAAUUAAAAUAUCAUUAUACAAAUAUUAAACAAUCAAAUAAUAAUUUAAAUAAUAAUUUGGAUAAAGAAUUGAAGAAUAAAUUUGUAGAAAAUGUGAAUGAAGAAUUGGUGAAUAAUUUGGAUAGAGAAUUGAAGAGUAUAAAAUAUGGAGAAAAUGUUGAUGUAUAUCCAUUAGAAAUUAGAAAAUUUAAUUCAAAAGUUCCAAAAUUACCACCAGGAGAAUUUAAGUAUCCCCGUAACGGUGCUUUUAUACAUUUAUCUACUGUAGUUAGUUAUAUACCUACUAUAAUUAGCUCCCUUUCCCAUAGUACACUCCAUACCCAUAGAAUUAGCUCCCUUUCCGGGGGUAAUUUUAUUACUGAUUUGAAUUUAAUGUAUAAAAUGUGUAAUUCAUUACAACAUUAUUCUGAGGAUUCUGGUGAUGGUAGUCAAGUUAUUGAAUUAGGUUGUGGAAUUGGUUCAUUAACACAUAUAUUAUAUAAAAAAUAUAAAAAUAUGACAGGUACGGUGCUUGAUUUCUAUAAUUAUAUAGCUAUUAGGCCCAAAGGGACUUCUAACUAUACAGCUAUACACUUCAAGUACUUAGUUAGCUCCCUUUCCCGGAGUACACUCUGUAACCAUAGAAUUAGCUCCCUUUCCAGGAGUACUAAAAGAAUAGAAAUAGAUUCUAGAGCUGUUAGUCAAUUAAGUAGAACAUUACCAAAUCUUAAUAUAAUUAAUCAAGAUGUUCUACAAAUGGAUUAUAAAGAAUUGAGUAAUAGAAUUGGUAAGAAGUUAUGGAUAAUUGGUAAUUUACCUUUUUAUAUAACAAGUCAAAUAUUAAUGUGUUUAUUGGAUUAUCGUAAGUAUAUUGACAGGGCUGUAAUUACUGCACAAUGGGAAGUAGCAGAGAGACUUGUAGCACCUGUUGGAUCAAAACAAUAUUCUAUUCUAUCUGUACUUACACAAAUGUUCACUACACCUAAAAUACUCUUCAAACUCUCUAAUAACGUUUUUUAUCCUAAACCUAAAGUACAAUCAGCAUGUAUACAUUUAGAUUUCAAUACUUCAAUUAGUACUAAGAGUAAUAGUAUUGAGGGAAAGGGAGCUAAUUCUACAGCCAUGGAGUGUACUAGUACUAAUAGUACUAAUACUGAGGAUACUAGUAAUAUUAAUAAUAUUAAGGAAACCCCUUUUGGGGUUAAGGAAGUCCCUUUCGGGGAUGGCCGUGGACCAGACACCGUAAUGGAAGAAUUAAAAAAUGUAAUGUUAUUAAGAGAAAUAUUAAGAAUAACAUUUAAUCAAAAGAGGAAAAAGUUAAAGACAAGUUUGGCAAAUUUAUUGAAUAAAUAUAAUAUAAAAUUGCCUGAAAAUGUACUUGAGUUAAGACCACAAAAUUUAUCACCAUCAAAUUUCAUAACACUUACAAACUAUAUACAUAAACAUAUUAAUUUGGGGAAUUCUGGAAAUUUAGGAAAUUCAGUAAAUUCACAAGAAAAUACUGAAAAUUGUAAAAGUUCUGAAAAUACAGCAAAUUCCGGAAAUUCUAGUAAUUUAUAUAAAAAUAUUAAUUUAAUAAAAAAUAAUUUAAUAGAAAAUUUUGAAAGAAUAUGGAGAAAAAAUAAACAUGGACCUAAAAUAUUAAUUUCUGAUAUAAUUUAA